AUGAGCGGAAUGAGCGCCGGCAUUGAUGUAGUCCAGGAGGCGUCGAACUCGCAGUCGAACUCGGCCGACGAGCGCGUCAACUCAGCUUUCGAGGCGAUCACUGUGCACUCGGUGGACGACCUUUGUCGAUUCCUCAAGAAUCACUCGGCCUCGGCGCUGCUCAAGGUUCGAAAGCUCGCCGCCGCCUACAAACAGAUUGAUUUCUAUGACGAAGAGGAGGUGCGUCGUGUGGCCGAGGGGAUUCCAGGAGAAAUUGUCGGUGCGGUCAAACAAAUGAAUCCAAAGGACGCUGGGGACAUUGCCAUCUUGAUGUCACUCUGCCAUAUGAUCAACGAAUUCUUCGGCGAGUUUGAAUUGAAAUCUGAGGUUCUGAACGCGUUGGCUGCUGAGAUUGCGGUGAUCAUCGAUCCGCGACAAUAUGAUACAUUCCGCUGGCACUCGUCGGUGGACGAGCACAAUGACUACAUUGACGAUCGCAAGAAGAUGAUCAUUCGCUGCCUGUCGAAUUGGAUGCGACCUCGGAUGACGGCGUUGCUCGACGAGCUCUCAAACAACGUCGAGGAGAUCCCGUCACAGGAGAAGAUGCACACGUUGACUGACUAUUUUCGGAAAUACGAGUCGAUGUUCAUUGGCUAUGAGCCGUGCGAGUACAAGACGCCACGCUGGAAGACUGCUAGUGCUUUCCUGGAGCGCUUGAUGAGGACCGAACACUUGGCGCACUUCCCGCGCUACAUUCACACCGAGCUCGCUCAACAAGUCAAGUGGAUGGUCAAGAUGUUCCUGUUCGAGUGGACAGAUCGCCGUUUUGAGAUGUUGUUGACAAUAUUCACGUUUGCUUCAAUUCAAAUCUACGGGGAAUUGGACAAGCACGAGGAUAUUACUCAGGUCGACUGUGAAACAUUGGAGCAAUGGGCCUUUGUCAUUGAGCAGGGAAUUUGGUAUAUGGACCAGGUGGAGGCAAAGAAAGAAGAGCGCUGGCUGAGCGACGAGGAAAUGAUUCAAUGCCUUCAACAGAUGGAUAAAGGUCUCUUCUACAUGUGCGACUAUGUCGUCGCUUGCUUGGAUCGGGGUGUCGAGAUGAAACUGGCGACUCGUCUCAUCAUUCUCAAUUGCUAUUCAAAGUUUGCUCAACACGGAAACGUGGUUCAAAUUGAGAAGAAGUACGGAAAGCACGUCACCGAGUGGAUGUACCAGAAUGCGCGUCACUUGCUCUCAUCCGUUGAUGAUGCCAAUUGUCAGAUGGUUGUUCACGCCGCGGAAGCGCUUCUCGUCAACGCCACCGCUCUGACUGAUUUGCCCACCGAGGUGUGCCUCUUGCUGGCCGACUACGUGAAAUUUGACUAUUUGGAAUGCUUAAAGGGGAUUGACAUCGAUCGUGAGGGAACAUUCUACGCGAGUCGCGAGUUACUUAAACGGGAUGAUUGGUACACGGUGGAGGGACUUCGUCGAGUGAUCACGGCGGCGCUCGAGAAGAUGGCACGCAUGUCGACCAUACAGACGCAACAGACGAAAUCGAUGCCAUCUCAACCACCGCUCAAUGAGGGACAGGGGAAAUGGUUUUGUGUGCGUGUGUUUGAGCUCGCUGGAUCGAGCUUUUGUUACAUGUUUCUCUCGUCAUUUUCCCGGCCAAAUCCCCGCGUGUCUCCUUAUUGCCAUGUCUUCAUCCACGUGAUGCCUUCCAUAUUGAAUGCCCUCGUUUUGUGGUCGGUUCGUUUAGAUCGAUCAACCCAAUUGAGCUAUGUAGCCACGCACUUUCCCAACAACCCGCAACUCCUCUCAGCCACCAAUUGGUUGGCUCUCCCCUCAGCAAUCAGCAAUCUCACGUUUUUGCUUCUUUUCUGGUUGUUGGAUAAAAUCGUAAUGAGUUUACUAAUUGGCUAUGCUGCGAUAAAAACGAUUGUCGUUCUGAAAGCCUCAACUUCAUCUCUGAGCAAGAGCACGAUUCAAGCUCAACAACACUACAUUCGAGCACUUAUUUUACAAUGCACUCUGAUCCUCUCUGUGUACUUGGUGCCCUUAAUAGUCGCAAUUAUUUGCAGUCCUCGAUUUUUGGGAGUGAAAAGUCCAAUUUUAAAAUCGGUGAUGGUGGCAAUUUUCUCGGAACACUCUACAGUGAAUGUGAUCGCGAUGUGCUGGACAGUCAAACCCUAUCGAAAUGUGAUCAAGACCGGCUUCCAAAGAGUGAUCAAACGAUGCCAAGAUCGGAAAGUCACGUUCAUCACCAAAGAACCCAUGACAACAAUCAGAAUCUCUUUUGCACAGUCA